GUGGUCAGAUCGACGCAAGGUAUCAAACUCUAUAUCGUCCUCACGAAAGCGGCCGACACAAGAACCCACUCGAGGUAACCAAAGGAAACAAUGUCAAGAACGCGAAGAUGUCGAACAGAAUGUGGCGAGUACGGUAUGCAGAAACUCAGAAGACCAAGUGAAGUAUCAAUUCGAAAAUCAACAAACAAAAGAACAUGAUCGCCAAGACGAUACAUUCACUUCACGACUUAAUCCACUAAGACGGAUGAGCAGCUCGUCACGAACCUUUCCACCCUUCACUGAACACUUUCUACCAUUCCUCUCCCCUAAUACCUCCAUCUCCGCUCCCAUGACCCAACCCGCCCAGCAUGUCCACCUUCGAACAAACCAUGGCGGCCCUCCACGCCCGUCACCCCACGACCCUGCGCCGCAUCCUAGCCAAUCUCCCCACCCUCGAACUCGACACCAGCGCAACGGACUAUGCUCACGAUCUCGAACGCGAACUCGGAAAACAAGCCUUCGAUCUCCUCACAUCCCCGCUGAAACCUGUGGGGCCACCCAUGAAUGGAGUCGAAACCAUCGCGGAGGAAGUGACGGAAGCGUUGUCAGCUACUGUCAGACUGGAUGCCAUCGCGAACAAGACGGCUGAUGCGGUGGCGUCUGCGUAUCGUGCGAGAGGGUGGCGGGACGGAUUCCGCGGGGUCAGCGCGCUGUUCACGAACUUCACCUCCUUCACCAGCGUCGCCAACGUCUGCGCCCUCAUCGACAUCGAUGCGAAUACAGUGUACGCGAGCCUCCUCCUCUACUGCUUCGUCAUGGCAUUCACCUGCUCCUCCUUCUACGCCACCUCCGUCAUUCACCACGGCUCAGCGCAGGGUGCUCGCGCCUACAAGAACUUCCUGAUCGGGAUCGCGCUCUUCAUCAUCUCCUCUCUGCUGAUGUUGACGACUUCGCGACUCAAAGCGAGCGGGCCCACCAACUGCGUGUUCCCAGCGAUUUGCCUGGGUGCGCUGUGUGGUAGAUGGAGAAUCCUGCUUCCGCCUUCGAGGCUGUGGCCAAAUCGAGUGCAGCCAGUCAACGCAGCGAAGACCUGGUUCGAGAUGGCGACGCAUACUGCUUUUUUCUUAUUCUGCACCGGCUUUUUUGCGUGGGCGGCGAUCAUGUCCAUCGCUACUCGUAAAAGCAACAAGGAGGAGUGGAGAGUCUUCGAGGAUUAG